AGAGUUAGAGAUGGGACAUGUAAUCCGUCUGCUGCUGAUAAACCCUCCUCCUCCUCCUCCCCUGAUCUACCUCCGGUGCCGGACUACCCCCGACUCCAACUCUGUCUUCUUUCUACGGACCUCUAUUACCAAAAGCAAGCCCAGAUUCUCCUGUCUUUUCUCAGGCAGCAACCAGAGGGAGGAGCAAGCUCGUAAAGCAUUGGAAAGCGCUCUUGGCGGGAAGAAAAUUGAGUUUGACAAGUGGGACAAAGAGAUCAAGAAAAGGGAAGAAUCCAGUGGCGGCGGGAAUGGAGGAAGUGGAGGCUGGUUUGGAGGUCGUGGUGGUUGGUUUAGUGGAGAUCACUUCUGGAAUGAAGCACAACAGAUUACCAUUACUCUCUUAGCAAUACUCUUUGUGUAUAUGGUAGUUGCGAAAGGUGAAGUAAUGGCUGCAUUUGUGUUAAACCCUUUGUUGUAUGCCCUGCGAGGUACUCGAGAAGGUUUGACUUCUCUAAGCUCCAAACUCGUGGGAAGACAAGUUUCCAAAGUGAAUGGUGAUAACUCAGAGGAGAUGUGGAAGAAGGAUGGUUUUAGUGAUGUCUCUGCUAAAGAAAGCGUUGUCCGGAAAUGGGGAAGUGACUGAAACAAAAUUCAUAAUGUUAAGACUCCAGAAGAAAGUCUUUUGAGUUUCUUUUGAACAUCAAAGAUGAGAAUCGAAUGUAGUCUGAAUUGUUUUCAGUUUUGUGAUGAAGGAUAUGAAUUCUUUUGUGAACAAGAAGAUGAGUAGUUUCUUUUUUUUUGAUUUAGCCUCUUGUAAACAGCAAUCAGUUAUCAGCUAUGUGACCAUGCCUUACACUU